UAGUGUAGGUUGGUAGUCAGAGUAGUCGAGCCAUUUUCCGGCAUACUUUGCCAUUAAGGUAUUCGCAGCCGUACGAUAAAGUUCGCGGCCGACGUUCGUACUCGUACUAACUCGUACUUCUGUGUUUUCGUGGAACCGAUUCAAAGGGGCGGCUUGAUCCUCUAUCAUUUUGACAAUGUUCGCAGCGAAACGUGUCUUGUUCUCCAACGCAAUCAAAGACACAUUCACGAGGGCGAAGCACACCCUUCCCGAAUUGCCUUAUGACUACAAGGCAUUGGAGCCGAUUAUCUCCGCUGAGAUUAUGCAGCUUCAUCAUUCGAAGCAUCAUGCGACUUACGUGAACAAUCUAAACGUGGCCGAGGAGAAAUUGAAAGAAGCCGCCGCCAAGGGUGACGUUAAUACACAGAUCGCUUUGGGGCCAGCUAUUAAAUUCAACGGAGGCGGUCACCUAAAUCACUCGAUCUUCUGGUGCAAUCUCUCGCCGAGCGGUUGCAAACCAGAUGCCGCGCUCGUUAAGCAGAUUGAGGAGGACUUCGGCAGCUUGGAACAAAUGAAGAAACAAUUGUCCGAGAGCACGGUUGCGAUCCAAGGCUCUGGUUGGGGCUGGCUCGGCUAUUGCCCGAAAUCGAAAUCAUUAAGGAUAGCUACUUGUGCUAAUCAAGAUCCCCUGCAAGCUACCACCGGCUUGGUGCCGCUCCUUGGAAUCGACGUUUGGGAACACGCUUACUAUUUGCAAUAUAAGAACGUUCGACCCGAUUACGUGAAGGCUAUCUUUGACAUCAUUAAUUGGAAAGAUGUUAGCAACCGCUUCAAGGCCGCUGCCGGUUGUUAAACCCGGUUAUUAAGAGUGCGAUAGCCUGUAUAAGCUGAUUUCUAUCUAGUAUGAAUUUUUUCUAAGAUUUAAUUUAUACUUUCCAUUGUUUCAUCCGUCUCGAGAAGACGUGAUUUUGUAUACACGUUUCGUAUGUAAUCUACACGUAUAAUAAACGAUAAAGCAAUACGAGUUGAAA